CGUGCAGCGGGCUUCAUACUAGCAGUGGCUGUGAAGAGGCCCGGCCAGCAUGCGAGCAACCCUGCUGGCGUCCCUUGUGGCCCUGGGCCUGCUGGGCCCCAGCCCUGGCGCCACCGACAAGAUUCCGAUAGGUGCAAUUUUCGAGCAAGGAACAGAAGAAGUGCAAGCGGCUUUCAAAUACGCUAUGCUGCAGCACAACCAGAACAUCACGGCCCGACGUUUCGAGCUGCAAGCCUACGUCGACGUUAUUAACACGGCUGACGCUUUCAAGUUGUCAAGGAUAAUUUGCUCGCAGUUUUCACGCGGCGUCUUCCUAAUGCUCGGCGCCGUGAACCCCGACUCAUUUGACACGCUCCACUCGUACGCCAACACCUUCCAAAUGCCCUUCGUGACGCCGUGGUUCCCUGAAAAGGUGCUGGCGCCCAGUUCCGGCCUCUUGGACCACGCGAUCUCGAUGCGGCCCGAUUACCACAAAGCCAUCAUUGACGUCAUCAGGUACUAUGGCUGGAGGAAGAUCAUCUACUUGUACGACUCCCACGACGGUUUACUGCGGCUGCAGCAGAUUUAUCAAGGAUUGCAGCCGGGCAACGACUCCAUCCAAGUUGAGACCGUCAAGCGCUUGCAAAAUGUAUCCGACGCGAUCAAUUUCCUGCACAACAUCGAGGAACUGAGCAGGUGGACGCCAAAGUACAUUGUGCUCGAUUGUCCGACGGAAAUGGCCAAGGAAAUUGUCGUCUCGCACGUGAGGGAUAUCACCCUUGGAAAGCGGACUUAUCACUACCUCCUAAGCGGUCUCAUCAUGGAUGAUCGAUGGGAGAGCGAAGUGAUUGAAUAUGGCGCCAUCAAUAUCACCGGUUUUCGAAUCGUGGAUACGAGCAGGAGGUACGUUCGCGAAUUUCUGGAAGGCUGGCGCAAAGUGGAGUCUGGAAUUCAAUCUAACACCGGCACUGCGAUCCAGCGUGACACAAUUUCGGCUCAGGCAGCUUUGAUGUACGAUGCCGUGUCUGUCAUGAUUGAAGUGUUCAACAAGUUGCUGCGGAAGAAACCAGACAUGUUCCGCUCCAACGUGCGCCGAGGGCAAGUGUUCAACAAUGGCAGCCGCGGACUCGAGUGCAACUACAGCAAGAACUGGGUCACUCCAUGGGAGCAUGGGGAUAAAAUCUCAAGAUUCUUGCGAAAGGUUGAGCUUGACGGGCUGACCGGCGAAAUCCGCUUUAGCGAGGAUGGCAGACGGACCAACUACACGCUGCACGUGAUGGAGAUGACAGUCAACAGCGCCAUGGUCAAGGUAGCAGAAUGGACCGACGAAAAAGGAUUCACACCUGUCGCUGCCAAAUACGUGCGGCUAAAACCAUUUGCUGAGAUCGAGCGCAACAGAACUUACAUCGUUACUACGAUCGAAGAAGCACCAUACAUCAUGAUGAAAACAACAGAACCCGGCGAGGUGCUGACAGGCAAUGAUCGAUUUGAAGGUUACUGCAAAGACCUGGCUGAUUUAAUCGCCAAAAAGCUUGACAUCAGAUAUGAGCUGCGGAUUGUUAAAGACGGAUAUUACGGUUCCGAAAAUUCUGACGUGAAAGGAGGCUGGGACGGCAUGGUAGGAGAAUUAGUGAGAAAGGAAGCAGAUAUAGCGGUCGCAGCUCUGACCAUUACAAGAGCCAGGGAGCGGGUUCUCGACUUUUCAGAGCACUUCAUGGAUCUGGGCAUCUCGAUCAUGAUAAAAAAGCCAGCAAAACAGGCGCCCGGGGUGUUCAGUUUUAUGCUUCCGUUUGGCCGGGAGGUGUGGGCUGCUAUUUUUUGCGCCUACCUCUUCGUCACGUGCGUCAUGUACAUUGCCCACUGCUGGAGGCAAACCGUCGCCAAACCAAGGAGAACGCGGUACGUGCAGCAAAUGGGCUGGGUGGCCAUCGCCUCGUCCAUCAGCCACCAGUUCAGCUUGAAAAACUGCCUGUGGUUCGCGCUGGCGAGCGCCUUCAAGCAGGGCAACGCCAUUCUGCCCAGAUCGAUAUCAGGGCGGAUAGUGGGGAGUGUCUGGUGGUUCUUCACCCUGAUUCUGAUCUCAUCAUACACCGCCAACUUGGCCGCCUUCCUCACCGUUGAGCGAAUGGUCGCCCCAAUUAACUCUCCAGAAGACUUGGCAUCGCAGACGGAAGUGGAGUACGGAACCCUGUACCAAGGCUCAACCUGGGACUUUUUCAGGCGGUCGCAAAUCACUCUCUACAGCAAGAUGUGGGAAUUCAUGAACUCGAGGAAACACGUCUUCGUGAAGACCUACGAAGAGGGCAUCCGCAGGGUCCGCCACUCCAAGGGCAAGUAUGCUUUACUGAUCGAGUCGCCCACAAACGAUUACAUCAACGAGAGAGAGCCAUGCGACACCAUGAAGGUCGGACGCAAUUUGGACGCCAAAGGGUUUGGCGUUGCCACCCCUCUCGGCUCACCCCUCAGGGACGGAAUCAACCUGGCCGUGUUGUCACUGAAGGAAAAUGGUGAACUGGCGAAGCUGAAGAACAAGUGGUGGUACGACCGUACGGAAUGCAGACACGACAACAAACAGGAUGCCGCCCGAAAUGAAUUGUCCCUCAGCAACGUGGCUGGAAUAUUUUACAUUUUGAUCGGUGGAUUAGUGCUCGCCAUGGGAGUCGCACUUUUAGAAUUCUGCUACAAGUCGCAGGUGGAAGCUGGUCGAGCAAAGAUCCCCCUGUCAGACGCGAUGAAGGCAAAGGCUCGGCUCACAAUAGGCGGAUCGCGGGACUAUGACAACGGUCAACUUUUCGGAGAACCGUCAUAAAUCAUCGGCUGAAGAUGGGAAUUUUGACAGUGUCCCUUCAAGAACACAAGAUAUAAUAAUAUCACGCACAGUGCGUCUGCAUUGUUAAAUAUCACGUCAAAACAGGAUAAAAAGUGAUUGGCUUGAGGGUGAUACACAACUUUAAAUCUAUGGAAAUUUAAAAAAUUUGGUGAAAACCUAAAAUUCCAUUUGUGCCAAUCACUUGUCUUAUGUUUUAAUCAGUGGAAUGUUCGGUCCUGGAUCUUCUCUGAGAAAAUUAACUGUCGCAGAUGUUUUUGAGAGAUGUACUACUUCUUGGGAAAUUUAAGACCUUCUGGAAUUGUGUAGCAUAUUACAUUGAGUGCGAAUGGUCGAGUGUGCGAGAAGUGGUUUGCAUUUUAAACCCUUCAGGUUCAAUAGAUCAUUUUGACAGUUGUGAACAUGUCUGUAUGUUUAAAAGGAAAAUUUUAAUCACAAAACGUUAAACUAAACACAUUAUAGGUGUUAGAGAAUAAAAAUUAAAAAUAAAACAAAAUCAUUAAACUUAAGAUGGUGUUUGUAAAAAAUGUGCAAUAAAAUUUCGUAAUAUAUAUACUACUUGUUGACGUAAAAGACAAAUUCCCGAUUUUUAUUUGCAGCGCAUAAGAUUAU